GUGUCCCGGAGAUGGAGGAGGACAAGGCGUGGUUCUGGGGAGAUUACCGAUACUGUGGCUCUCCUCGCUGGAUGCUGGAAGACAUGCUCACCCAUAUCAAGCUCACCCACCCGGACAUAGACUACGUUAUGUGGACCGGGGACGUGGUCCCGCACAACGUCUGGUCCACCACCACAGAGACCAACUUACAGAUUGUAAGGGAGACCAACCAGAUGAUUCAAGAGUUCUUUCCAACAAUUCCUGUGUUCCCAGUAGUAGGCAACCACGAGAUGAGUCCACUUGACCAGUUUCCAGACCCUGACGAUGACGACACCCCUGAGGAGCUGAGUGCUGACUGGCUGUUCUCAGAGUUAUCAAAGCAGUGGUCACUGCUGGUGCCACACCUCGAUAACUCUACCGAGGAGGCCGCCUACUACUCUGUCUUGUUGAAGGAGGAUCUUAGGAUCAUUUCCUUUAACAGCAUGUAUGGUUACUCCUCCAAUCUAUGGUUGGUGGAAGAUUCUCAGGACCCCGCUGACGAGCUCACCUGGCUUGAAGAUCCGCACCAGGCGGAGGCUGCUGGAGAGAGAGUUCAUCUGCUGGGUCACAUUCCUCCUGGGAUAGUGGACUCUGAACGGGUCUGGUCGCGCGAGUUCAACCGCAUCGUUGUGAGGUACGAGAAUACAAUAAGAGGACAGUUUUAUGGGCACACACACUACGAUGAGUUUGAGGUUUUCCAUGAUGGUGAUCGUCCAGCUGGUGUGGCUUACAUAGCUCGCCAGACCCCCUGGUACGGCCUUAACCCUGCCUAUAGAAUCUACUAUGUUGAUGGUGAUCGCCAAAAUUCUACUAGAUUGGUCUUGGACCACGAGACCUACGUGAUGAACCUAACAGAGGCCCAGGAGACAGGUUCUGCACGAUUAUGGUUGUACAGCGCCAGGGAGGAGUAUGGUAUGACCAGCCUCACGCCAGCUGACUGGCAGGAUCUGGCCCAGAGGAUGGCGGAGGACCGUCACUUGUUUGAUAUCUAUUACAGGAACUACGUGAGCGGAGGUGACCCUCUCCUGGAGGUGGGGUGUGAUGACCUGUGCUACCAGCAGCGGCUAUGCGACGUCGUCACCUCCAGCAGAAAUGAUAUAGACAACUGCCUGGCCAUUCUGAGACGCUGGCGAGGGUUAUAAGCGCAUGUCCAGCGGUCACCACGUAAUUCAAUUUUCAUGCCCUUACACUGACAUACUUGCACACACUGUAAUACACCUACCACACUCAUGUUCUGUACUACACUUGCCGCGCACUAUAAUGCACUCACCAUUCUGUAACAAACACCACACACUAUAAUGCUCUCACAACACAUUGAUCCACUCGUCACAUAAAAUAAUACAUUCAACUGUAAAGGAGAAUUAAGAUUAUGCUCUCACUCCUCAAGAAGAGAUCACAGGGAUCCUCGCCCCCUCAAAGCAUUUCGAGUCACCUUGGGGAAUUUUUUUUUUUAAGUUCUGAGAAAUGAAAGCCGUGAUUAGGCUUAAUCCGGUGAAAGGCUAUAAUUACUUGCUGUGUAGGCUAUGUAUUGAGCUUUGGUUUAGCCAGUAAGAAUAGCCUGUCACAAAUAUCUUUCGGGAACUGUUGUAGGUAUUUCUUUAAAUAUUCCAUUUAUGACACAAGUUUGUAUAAACAAUAUAAAGGAAACAAAGUAACAAA